AUGACCUCCCAGGAAGCGCCCAUUAACGUCGGCCUCAUGGGCACUGGCGAGUACACCACUGGUAUCACGCCUUCCGGCCAGUCCAAGUCGGACAAGAAGAUCGGUGUCGUCGGCAUCACAAUGUUCGACCUCCGUCGCCGCGGCAAGGUUGGAGAUGUCAUUAUGGCCGGCACGAACGGUGGCAAGUUCCCCGAGAUCCGCGAGCACUUCCAAAAGAACAUUGGCGACGUGUACAAGGGCCUCGACCUCACUUUCCGCGGCUUCCCAGAGGGCAACGUGCGUAACGGCGAGGCGUACAAGGACGCGCUGCGCGCCCUGCCCAAGGGCUCGGCGGUGAUCAUCUUCACGCCCGACUCGACCCACUUCCCCAUCGCCAGCGAGGCGCUCAACCUGGGUCACCACGUCAUGGUCACCAAGCCCGCGACCCAGAAGCUCGAGGACCACCAGGCGCUCGUCGAGCUCGCCGAGGAGAAGGGCCUCGUCUGCUUUGUCGAGCACCACAAGCGCUUCGACCCCGCAUACAACGACGCCCGCGCUCGCGCCCAAAAGCUCGGCGACUUCAACUUCUACAACUCGUACAUGUCCCAGCCCAAGUUCCAGUUGGAAACGUUCAAGAGCUGGGCCGGUAUCGACUCGGACAUUUCCUACUACCUCAACUCGCACCACAUUGACAUUCACUGCUGGAUGGUCGAGGGCCGCUACCGCCCGACUAAGGUGACGGCGAGCGCGACCAAGGGCAUUGCAACUUCCAUGGGCUGUGACCCCCGCACCGAGGACACGAUCACCCUCCUCGUUGACUGGGUCAACAUCUCGGACGAGACCAAGCGCGGUACGGCCGUGUACACUGCCUCGUGGGCUGCGCCGCUCAAGGCCGGCGUGCACUCGGAGCAGCGAUUCCACUACAUGGCGAGCAAGGGUGAGGUGACUGUCGACCAGGCGCACCGCGGAUACAGCAUUGUCGAGGACGACAUUGGCAAGGUCGACUACAACCCCUUCUACGUCAAGUACUCGCCUGAUGAGAAUGGCUUCUUCGACGGCCAGCGCGGGUACGGAUAUCUCUCGCUUGAGAAGUUUAUCGACGCUGCGCGUGCUGUCAAUGCUGGCGAGAAGAAGGCUGCCGACUUUGAUGGCAAGGGCUUGCCAACCAUCAAGGCGACUGUGCUCACCACUGCCAUUCUCAAUGCGGGCCGUAUCUCGCUUGACGAGCAGCGCAGCGUCGAGAUCACCGAGAACGGUGGCAAGUACAAGCUCAAGUAG